AUGGAGGCAUACCCCAAGCCUCGCCACCAAUACAUCUACACUCCCCGCUACGGGCAACGCGGCAUCCUCACCUAUGCGGGACAAGCCCCCAACGGUGCCGCACCCACAGGCGUAAUCGGCGGCGCCUAUGCCUAUGGAGUUGGUUACCCAGCAACAGCAGCAGCAGUAGCAGCGACGGCCUAUCAACCUGUGGUAUACAACACUCGCCCUUUCUACGGCCCCAAUUAUCUUUAUCCCUACUACAACCCUGGCUAUGCAUACUACAACUCCUACCUCUACGGCUCCCUAUACCCCCUUGCUAACUUCUACUUCCCCUACCAGCGGUCUUACUACAACGUCGUGCCCUCCUACGGCUCUACAGCGCACGUCUACCCCCCGGGCCAUGCUACCACAACAACAACCACCUACCACGUAACCAACGCCCAAGCCCCGCUGUACGCCUCCCCCACCGCCCAACUCCUGCGCGAAACCCGACCGGCAUACGCGCACGGCCACGCUUAUACGCCGCAAGCCCCCACUCGCGAGGACAUCCAGUUUGAGAAUCGCCGUAUUGCCACGCAGCGUGGGGCGUACGAUGCGCGCAAGAUUCGGCCUGCGGAUGCACGUGAUGACGACCCGUUUUGGUGCCGCGAGGUCAAUGGCGAGUGGCAUCUGCGGUCGUAUUAUCAGAUUGAGAAUGAGUGUCAUCCCGGAAGGUGGAUGAUGGAUGCUGAGAUUGGGUUCUUGGUGUUUCAUCGGACGUAG